AUGGGGAAACUGAGGCUAAGAAAGGUCAUGCGCCCACGGGCCUGGUAGGCCCCACAGGUGGGAUGUGGCUGAGCUGAAACCCUCCCUCCCAGGCCUCCCGACUGCGUGUACGGGUGUUGGUGAGGCGAGUUGGCAAACUCCUACUCAUCCUUCAGAAGCCUCAGGCAGCGCCCGGCCUGGAAGCCUCCUCUGGUCCUCUGCAGGCAUUGUUGGGCGCUUCCUGUUCUGAAACCCACAGGGGCAGCUGGCGCGUUCCCUCGCUUACCAGCCUCCUUGCAGGGGUCACCCAGCGCACAGUCUUGGCGAGCAGCCACAAGGGCUGGAACCCAGAGAUGAGAGUGCCCAGGGGAGAUGCGAGCCCCGCCGGGCCCCCGCUGACCGGUCGCUGAGGCAGGCCCGCGCCCCCGGGCCCAGCAUGCGCCUGUCGGCGCGGAGGGCGCUGCUGGCCGCCGGCUGCACCCUGGCCCUGCUGCUGGCCGUCCAGGUGGGCCAGCAGGUGCUGGAGUGCCGCGCGGCGCUGGGGGGCCCGCGCAGCCCCCGGCGGGCCAUGCGGCCGGAGCAGGAGGACCUGGUGGUGGUGGGCGCCGACCGCGUGGAGUACCGCUACGGCAAGGCCAUGCCGCUCAUCUUCGUGGGCGGCGUGCCCCGCAGUGGCACCACGCUCAUGCGCGCCAUGCUGGACGCCCACCCCGAGGUGCGCUGCGGCGAGGAGACGCGGAUCAUCCCCCGCGUGCUGGCCAUGCGCCAGGCCUGGUCCAAGUCCGGCCGCGAGAAGCUGCGGCUGGACGAGGCGGGCGUGACGGACGAGGUGCUGGACGCCGCCAUGCAGGCCUUCAUCCUGGAGGUGAUCGCCAAGCACGGCGAGCCGGCGCGCGUGCUGUGCAACAAGGACCCCUUCACGCUCAAGUCCUCCGUCUACCUGUCGCGCCUGUUCCCCAACUCCAAGUUCCUGCUGAUGGUGCGGGACGGCCGGGCGUCCGUGCACUCCAUGAUCACGCGCAAGGUCACCAUCGCCGGCUUUGACCUCAGCAGCUACCGCGACUGCCUCACCAAGUGGAACAAGGCCAUCGAGGUGAUGUACGCCCAGUGCAUGGAGGUGGGCAAGGACAAGUGCCUGCCCGUGUACUAUGAGCAGCUGGUGCUGCACCCCAGGCGCUCCCUCAAGCUCAUCCUGGACUUCCUGGGCAUCUCCUGGAGCGACGCCGUCCUGCAUCACGAGGACCUCAUCGGCAAGCCCGGGGGCGUGUCCCUGUCUAACCUGUUCUUUCUCCCCAGGAUCGAGCGAUCCACUGACCAGGUCAUCAAGCCUGUGAACCUGGAAGCACUCUCCAAGUGGACCGGCCACAUUCCUGGGGACGUGGUACGGGACAUGGCCCAGAUCGCCCCCAUGCUGGCUCGGCUCGGCUAUGACCCCUAUGCAAACCCGCCCAACUACGGCAACCCUGACCCCAUCGUCAUCAACAACACGCAUCGGGUCUUGAAAGGCGACUAUAAAACACCAGCCAAUCUGAAAGGAUAUUUUCAGGUGAACCAGAACAGCACCUCCUCCCACUUAGGAAGCUCAUGAUUUCCAGAUCUCUGCAGAUUGUUGCUGAGAGAAGACACUUUGCAUUCGAGUGGAAAUCGGACCUCUAAUCCAAGCAUAUUGCUUGCUAUUCACCGCCAAAACAGGACUGCUAAUGAGGAAUGUAUUUGCAUCUGUUUGCAAAAGCUGAAUCACUGACAGCUUACCUGGAGACUCCCUCCCUACCUUUGGGCACUCCUAGGGGUGGAGAACCAAGAGUGUGGCAGUAGUCCAGCUUUUGAAAUUUAGGUAUUUUUUAAUCUUUCCCCUCAAGAACUUUUUUUUAAAGAAAUGGAUUUGCCAUUUUUCUUAAUUUGCAGGACUGCCUUGGUGGCUUUGUUUGCGGGGACAAGACCCACACCUGUGCCUCUCCUAUUGACCCUUUUAAAUUCAAAGGAUCUAUUUAAGAAUUUAAUAUAUGAGAUUUUCUUUGAUUCUUCCUCGGUUCUACUCAGAUUCAGAGGGAAAAAAAUUAUUUGAAUAAAGUGAACAGGGACUUA